ACGCGGAAGUGCGCCGCGGGACUUCGGAUGACGGGACGCCGCAGGAAAACGAGCCCGAACACCGCCGGAAAGUGGCCGCCCGCUUUUUAGUUCGCAGCGACUUUGGCGGGAGACAUGUUCAAGAAGCUGAAGCAAAGAAUCAACGACGAGCAGCCGCAGCCGCCGCCGCACAGGAAUGCGCAGUCCCCACAGCAGGCCCAGGUUGGCGCUGGAGACAGGCGGAGCAGCAACACCCCUGCCUUUCACCAUGAGGCCACACCCUCUCCAAGUGACAGAGAGAGUGCCUCUAAAGAAGUAACAAGGUCUCCCAGGGGUAGCAUCAAUGGAGAUGGAAGUGCUUCUCCUCAGCAGAGGGAUGAGACCUCAACAUCAUUUGCCCAGAAAUUACAAUUGAAGGUUCCAUCCAUGGAGUCUCUGCUCCGUGGUGGUGCCAGUCGGGCAGAAAAUCUGUUCCGCUCCUCUUCCAAAGAGAGCUUGGUCCGCAGUCCAUCCCGUGACUCCCUUACCCCAUUGGGGGAGAGUGAGACCUCUGCCACCCCUGCAUAUGAUCCUCCUUCAGAUAUUGAGAGUGAGGCCGAGGAGUCUCCAGGAAAUGUGGACUCCCUUUCCAGAGAGCUGCUGCUGCAUCGCCUCAACAGAGUGGAGAGGAGCCUGGCAAACUACAGAGGGAAGUACUCUGAGCUGGUUACAGCGUACCGAACGGUACAACGAGAUAAGGAAAAAACCCAGGUUAUACUUAGUCAGAGCCAAGAUAAAGCCCUUCGUAGGAUAGGGGAGCUGAGGGAGGAGUUGCAAAUGGACCAGCAGGCCAAGAAGCAUCUACAGGACGAAUUUGAUGCUGCCUUGGAAGAAAAAGACCAGAUGAUAACUGUCCUCCAGACCCAGGUUGCUCUGAUGAAGAAACAAUUCAAGAAGGUAUCUGAUACUGUGGCGCCACCUGAUGGUGGAGUGUUACAGUCUGAAGAUGCAAGGGACUCCACCUCCACCCCACAGAGCCCCUCUAAGGAGCUUGCAGCAGAGAUGGGAGCAACAGAGGCAGAAGAGGGCAGUAGCGACCCAGCCAAAGUGAUGGAGGUGCUGCAGAAGAGAGUGAAGAGGCAGGAAAACCUGCUGCAGAAGUGCAAAGACCUGCUGCGAACGCACAAGGAGCGGAGUGCCCAGCUGGGCAGCGAGAAUGAAACCCUGCAAGAACAGCUGCAGGAGAGACUGCAGGAGCUGGAGAGGAUGAAGGAAUUGCACACAACAGAGAAGACAAAGCUGAUCACCCAGCUGCGGGAUGCUAAGAACCUGAUUGAACAACUAGAGCAGGACAAGGGCAUGGUGAUUGCAGAAACAAAGCGUCAGAUGCAUGAGACUCUGGAGAUGAAGGAGGAGGAGAUUGCCCAGUUACGCUCCAGGAUCCAGCAGGCUACUGUCCAGAAGGAAGAACUUCAAGAGCAGAAGGAAAAGUCUGAGAAAUCAUCGUUUGAAGAACUAGAACGGGCUUUGGGCGUGGCCCAGAGAGCAGAGGAAGCCAGGAAGCAGCUGCAGGUUCAACUGGAGGAGCAGAUGAAAGCGAUGGAGAAGGCCAAUGAGGAUGAGAGGAAGAAUUUGCAGAAGGAGCUUACACGAGUUAAACAGGAGGUUGUUGUUAUAAUGAAGAAAUCAUCUGAGGAGACAUUGGCUGAUAUGGAAAGAUGCCACAAUGAAGCAUUGGCUGCCAAGGAACAGGAACUAGAAGCCAGAAUCAGUCAAGCCGUGGAGAAAUGUAAAGAAGAGUUUCUGCAGGCGGCUAAGGAGCAAGAACAACAAGAAGCUCUGGCUCUGGAGGAUGCAGAACUACAGAAGACUGCUCUGAAAGCAGAGGCUGAGAACAGGGUCAAAGACAUACAGUUAGAGCUAGAAGCUGCAAGAACUAGAAUACUGGAGCUUGAGAGCUCUCUGGAGAAGAGCACCCAAGAUGCAUCGGUUCCGUCCCAUGACUACUCCAGCCAGUUGGAGGAACUGAAGGCUAAACACAAGGAGCAAAUGUCGGCAUUACGGGAGGAGCACCGGGAGCAGCUGGAGAGGCAUAAAGACAUCCUUGCCCAGAAGCACACUUCUUUAGAGGAACUCAAGGAAAAACACAGAAUGGAGAUGGAGACCCUCUUGAAAGAUAAAGAGCUCCAGUUCCAAGCUCACGUUGAAGACAUGAACAAGAAAACUUUGGAGAAAUUGGAUAUUAAGCAGACAGAGCUCGAGACGCUUUCUUCUGAACUUUCCAUGGUCUUGAAGAGUAAACAGCUUCUGGAGGAGAAGCUGGCAGCAGCUGGAGAUGCUGACAAUUUAGGCAGACAGGCAUUGGAGCAGAGGCUACAAGAAGAGGUGGAAAAGCACAAUUUGAAAAUAUUGAACAUCAAGCAACAGCACGAACAGUCACUUGGGGGUAUAGAGAAAACUCUGAAAGAUGAACUGAAUGCAUUGAGGAUUGUUCUUAAAGAAAAGGAAAGGGAACUUGGAGAACAUACCGUAAGAGAAAAAAAACUUGAAGAGGAAUCUACAACUCAUCUACAGGAGCUAAAUAUCAAGGUUAAGGAACUGGAGGAGCUACAGCAGAGUUUUUCACAAGCCCAGUCUGAAAAGGAAAGCUUGGUGGAGUCUAAUGCGCAGUUAAAUGAGAUAACUAAGGAUCUUGCUCAGAGCAAGAAGGACUUUAAAAAUUUGGAGCAUCAACUGGAACUUAAAGAAACUGAUUGUAAAGAGAAAGAGGAGUCACUUCAGCAAAGGUUACUUGAGCUUCAAGAACUAGAACAGCAGCUACAGCAGACCAAGAGGCAACUUGCUGAGCAAGAGAAAUCAUAUGGGGAAGAACUAAACGUUAAGAAGGAAGAAGUAGGACACCUGAAGAAAUUAUUGGAUGAUGAAAAGGCAGCCCACAAAAAGACUGAAAACACCAAAAAGGAAAUGGAAGGGAAACUGAAAGCACUGGAAACAAAGAUGGGCAAGUUAAAACGGAAAGCCGAGGAAAUGCAGGAGAAAUUCAAGAAAAAGCUACAGGAAAAUGAAGAGUCAAUGAAAAAAGAACUUGCGAAGAAGGAGACAGAACUCCAGCAAAAAGAGCAACAAGUCCAAGAGAAAAUUCUAGAGAUGGCCCAAAAAAGUUCACAAGGUCUCAGCAGUGCAAUGUCAGAAUUGCAGGUCAACCACAAAGAAGAACUGGAGAAACUGCACAAGACCCAUAAGCAUGUUCUUGAGGAAAUGGAGCAUCGUUGGCAGGAGAGGUUGAGACACCAGGAAGAUGAUUUAACAGAGAAAAAUUCACACGUACUACAAGAGAAGUCCCAAGAAAUGGAGGACAUUUCUCAUCAGCUCAGUAGUAGCAAAGAAGAAAGUGAGCGAGCACUACAUGAGCUAAAGGACUUAAAGGAGGAGCUGGUAAUUCGAGAGACCACUGUACAAAAGCUGCAAGCAGAGCUUAAAGAAGCUGCAGUUAAGCUUGAGAGUUUGUCUCAGGGUGAAUUGUUGCUCAAAGAGCAAAUGGAGUCAGUUGAAAGAAACCUUAACCAGGCAUUGAGUGAGAGAAAUUCACUCCAAGAUCAGCUGAGCACAUCAGAAGACAGCAGAGUGAAGCUGAAGGCGUUGUCAGAAAAGUUUGAGGAAACCGAGGGGCAGCUUAAAGCCCUCAAUGCCUCAAAAUUGAAGGAAGGUGAAGAUUUGCAGAGGAAGCUUGAGGAGAGCGCUUUACAGCUGGAAGCAAAAGAAACAGAAUUUCAGAAGCAGCUAAUUGUAAUUGGCAACCAGAUGGAGCAUUACUUUAAGGAGGUUCAGAUUAAGUUGGAGUGUGGCGCCAAUGAACUCUGUGAAAGAGUUGAAUGUAGGGUGAGAGAGCUGAGUGAAAGACUUUUGUGUAAUCAGAAAAGGAUAGGACAUCUUAAAAAUGUUAUCCUUAGUAAAGCAGACAGAAUUUGCACUUUAGAGGAGCAUCUUUUGCAGCGGCAGGAGGACAAUAAGAAUCUAUGCAGUUCAAUAGAGCAGAUGACUGCUCAGCUUACAGCUCAUAUAGAGCAUACUGAAGCCUUAACAAAUGAAAGGGACAGUCUUCAAAGAGAUACUGACACUAAUUCUCAAUCCAUCUCUGAGAAAGUCCUAAGAAUCAAACAGCUUAGUGAAGAAAACAAAACUAUCUCAGAAAGCCUUCAGACGAAUAUGUUGCAUAUUAAUGACCUGGAAAGCAUCAUCAAUGACUUGAAAACCCAGUUAGCAGGAAAGGUAGAGGAGAAGGAAGAAGCCAUAACUUUGUUGAACCAGCAGUAUAAGGAGGAGAAACAAAAUGUUGUUGCUCAAAUGGAGAAGACAAUUGAGAGACUGGAGCAAGAGAGAAAAUCUGCAGUGGAGCAGGCUGACAUACUCAGGAAAAGUCUGUCUGAGUUUGAGAAUAAGGCAGAGUCCAAGUUCACUCAGAACCAAAAUACUGUCAUCUCUCUGCAAACCAGGCUUGAAGACAUGGAGCGAGAAAUCUCAGAAAAGAACGAAACUUUGCAGAGGCUUACAGCCAGUAUCGACAAUCAGUCAAUCAGCAAGUCUGAGAUGGACCAGGCGCUGAGUGAGAAAGAGCAGAAAGUCAGUGCUCUUACCUUAAUGCUUGAGAGCUGCAAUGAUCGACUUGGUGAGCUUCAGGAUCGGUUGGCUUUAAAGACAAAAGAGUGUGAACAACUCACAGCUGACCUAAAACAGCAGCACACCAUCAGGGAGAAUGAGAAGAGAGAGUUCACUGAGCAGCUGCAGCAAACGCAGAAGCAGUACACUCAGAAUUAUAAUGUGGUUUGCGAGACCGAGGAAAAACUACACUCCCUGGAGAAAGAAAACCAAACUUGUAAAUUAGAGCUUAAAAGUCAAAAGGAGGAAUUUGAAAAGAUGAAAAAUGAAAUUCUAAAGAGCAAGGAGGAGAGUCUGAAGGCAACAGAGGAGAGGCUGUCAACAGAAAGCGCCAGGAAAGUAUCAGAAUUUAAAAAGAAAGCAGAGCAGAAACUGGUUCAGAUUAAAAAACAGCUUAUGUCACAGAUUGAGGAGAAAGAUCAGAUCAUCAAAGAUCGUCAGACUAGCUUGGAAGAACUCAAGGAUAGCGAAGAAUCCAAUAAACAUCACAUGGAAACCCUCGAAGAGAAAGGACGAGCACUUGAGGAUGCUGUUGCUAAACUCAAAGAGGAGCAGGAAAAACAUCUCGAACAGAUUCAGACCAGUGAGAAGCUUGAGAAAGAAAAGUGUUUGGAUGAAUUGAAAAACAUGUAUGAAGAAAAGCUAUCUUCACUUCAGAGAGAUAUAGGCCAGGUGUCUAAAGCAGAUGAAACUCUCGCAACAUUAGAGGAAGUUAGAGCAAGGCUAAAAGAAGCAGAAGAGCAGAAUGAAAACCUCUCCACCGAAAUUAGUCGUUUGAAAGAACAACUACUUGAGAGGGAUGCACAACUUGAUCAGCAACAGGGAGUAAGUUCAUGCUUGGAGAAACAGGGCCAGAUUCCACUUGAACUGGAGAAUGAGGUGAAUGUGGGACAGAGCAAUGUGGAGAAAACCAAGAGCACAUUGGGAACGGAGCAGGGGAACCAUUCUGUUUCUCAGGAAGAAGACGGUGCAUCUCCAGAGUUCUUGAGGAAGAAAUUGGUAGAGGUCGAGAAUGAAAAGCAGAAAAUCCAGAAAGACUUAACCCGUUUGCAGAAGGACAUCAGGUUGUUGAGAAAGGAGCAUGAGCAGGACCUAGACUAUACAAGGAAAGAGCUGGCAGAGGCAAAUGAGUCAAAGCUCAAACUCGAGCUGGAAGAUGUAGAAAUGAAGCACAAGUCUGAACUGAAGCAGUUAAUGAGGGAGUUCAACACACAAAUGGCUUUGAAAGAAAACGAGAUUGAUACGUCAGUGAAAGAGACCAUCGCGAAGGCCCAGAGCGUGGAAGCGGAGCUCAUCAGUGGCCAUCGGGAGGAAGUCAGUCAGCUGCAGAAGGUGAUUGUCCAGAAAGAGGAUGACUUGCAUAGAACUGUCCAGACGUACGAGCAGGUUUUACAGAGCCGGGAGGAGGAGAUGGGGGACAGAGUGUGGCAAGUCCAGAAAGAGCUAGAGGAGCUACAAACAAGAUGCCAUGAUAAUUCUACGAUGAGUGUUGAGGAAGUGCAGGCUCAACUCGCCGAGAAGACGACUCUGCUGAGCGAGGCGAGGCUGAAGGAGCAGGAGUUUGUUGACCGAAUCCACUCCCUUGAGGACAAGAUUAGAUUUUUCCAGAAGAACUCCGUUGUAACUCAUCUUGGGAGCCCGUACAAAGAUCCAGGAUACAACAGUGCGGACGCUCUGUCAGAACCAACCGAGUUUGAAUACCUGAGGAAGGUGUUGUUUGAGUACAUGAUGGGGCGGGAAACAAAGACGAUGGCCAAAGUUAUAACCUCCAUGCUCAAGUUCCCACCAGACCAAACGCAGAAGGUUCUGGACAAAGAGGACUCGAAAGCAGUUCCAUGGUUACGAUGAGUGUUUUAAUGGGUUGGGUACUCUGGGAGAGAAAUAUUCUGCUGCUGAAGGGAAAGACUGCUAUGGACUUGAUGGAGCCCUUCUCCUGUCUGCAUUUUCUUAGCAUAUAAUUUGUGUGUGUGCACUUAUUUGUGUGUCUGUGUGAGUGAGUUCAUAUGCUGUGUGUGUGUGUGUGUGUGUGUUAUCUAAGUGUCACUUAAAAGUAUGAGGGAAUUAAAAAAGAAAAGAAAAAAGAUAUCUUCUGCAAACUUAGUUUUACUUUAUAAUUAUGAUUGUUAAUUUAUAUAUUGUUUUUAGUUGAGGUUAAAUUGGUUCCUUUUUAUUUAGAUUUUAUGAAGAAUGGCUUGUGCAAUAAAUCAUACUAUAUAUUGAUGCUGAUGGUCAGUUGAUUUAUAGGUUAGUGUGUUGUGCUGUCUGCAUCACUUCCUGUGUAAAACUGUAAAUGACCCUUUAACUGUGGGCACCAUCUUUAAGAUAGUGGCUUCUAGGACCUUGUUUGUUUGUACCACAGCUUUUCUAUACUUUAUAUUAUGUGGGCACUGACAAAUAGAAACCCCAAAACACUGUAAAUUGUACUUUGUUAAUUAAAACUGUACCAUAGGGUGCAAUAUGACUGUUGCUAUACAUUUUAAAACAAACUAAUUAAAUCUUAUUU